UGCUUUUGGUCCACGCAGCUUCCAGCACCAAGUCCUUGUUUCUCUUCUCUUCUAUUCAAUUUUUCCAAGAUGAAGACAAUCAUUACAGCUGCCUCUGCGGCGCUCUCAUUGACCCAUGGAGUUUCCUCCAGCCCCGUGGCCACCCACUCCAACGUCAUCUCGUUCAAGCCAUCCGAAGUCACGUCGGACUCUGUACACAACAUCUACGUGAGCUACAAUGACGAAUUCGAAGGACCCCUGCGCGUCGUCUACGGAUCCUGCGAUAUGUCGGCACAAUACGAGAUGCAUCACGAAGUUGGCUCGACAUUCCUCCGCCGCUCGAGCCGGCCUGAACGUUUCGUAUGGGUUGUGCCAGAAGAUACCUCUCAUGCUGGAUGUCUACACGCAUACUCGGGGUCUUCUUUGAUUGGUCGAUCAGCUCCCAUUACGGUGAAGCGCAACAUAAGAAAGAGGGAAGACAUUUCGCAAGUAGCAGACGCUAUGGGACCUUGGUUCGAUGGUGUUGCCUACAUGCAGUCCAAGACAAACAACGAUUCGUUUGUCACUAAGGAAAAGAGCAAGAAGAUUGCCAUCGUUGGUGGAGGCAUGUCCGGUUUACUGACGAGUCUGCUGCUCGAUUCAGUAGGCAUUCACAACUGGCACAUCACCGAGUCUUCGCAGCGUAUUGGGGGCCGCAUUCGAACCAAGUAUCUCAAUGGUACCACGCCCGAUCAAUACCAGUACCAGGAAAUGGGCCCAAUGCGUUUCCCUGUCUCCGUCAAGUACCCGGACACCAACGAAACGCUUGACAUCCAAGACCACAAGAUGGUUUUCCAGCUGGGAGACACUCUCAACAAGCUCAAUGGCAACAAGAGUUCGGUCGAAGUAAAAUUCAUAAACUGGAUUCAGAGCAGCCCCAAUACCCCAGCAAACUCGAAUGGCUACCGCCUCCCCAACGGUCGCAUUCCUUCUACUGCUCAAAUCGCAGCAAACUCCUCCCUCCGAAACCCUGCCGCAAAGCCUGCAGACCCCGAGGCUGCAGAACUCGCGUCCGAGGAAAUGGAAGACUUCAUCGGUUUCACACCAGACGUAAGCCGCAGCGUGGCCACAAACAUCUACAAAGCACACAAAGAGGCCGUCGAGAAGGGCAUAUUUCAAUGGUCCGAAGCAGCAUACAUCAAAUACGCCCUCAACAUGAGCGCAGACACUGCAGAUUUCGUCGGUGGUUCUGGAGACAACAGCCCGCUCUGGUACUACGAUUCAGUGUACUUUGCCGCUACAACAUGGAAGACCAUCGACAAGGGCCUCGAAUCUCUUCCUCGCGCCUUCUACCCACUUGUCAAGGACCGCCUAACACUCGGCCGUAAAGUCGACGGCCUCGUGCACAACGCCGACACAGGCAAAAUCUCCAUCACAUGGCGCGAAGACCCUCUCGCUAUGGAGCCCGAAAGCGAAGAAUACGACUACGCCGUGGUCGCCGCGCCUUUCUCCAAAGUCCGCCUCUGGAACCUCCCCAAGUACUCCUCGCUUCUCAGCCGCGCCAUCUCCUCCAUGAACUACCAACAGUCAUGCAAAGUCGCACUCCACUACAAAACCCGCUUCUGGGAGCACCUCAGCCCACCCAUCAUUGGCGGUUGCGGCUCCGUUGACAUUGCAGGCGUAGGCUCAGUCUGCUACCCCUCCUACCAGAUCAACUCCUCGCUCCCGGGCGUAAUCCUCGCAAGCUACACCUCCGGCACACCCGCGCGCUCCCUCGCCGCCCUCAGCACCACCGACCACGUCGCCAUGAUGCAGCGCGCCAUGGUCGAAGUCCACGGCCCCAUCGCCGCGGAACAAUGGACUGGCAACUACGAGCGUCAGUGCUGGGAGGUCGAUGAGCAUCAAGCUGGUGCCUGGGCUGCGCCGUUUGCUGGCCAGCAGGAUCUGUAUCUGCCUGCGUACUAUAAGACUGAGUUCCAAACUGUGUUUAUUGGUGAGCAUACUAGUUACACGCAUGCUUGGAUUUUCUCUGCGCUGGAUUCGGCGGUUAGGGGAACCACUCAGGUCUUGCUUGAUAUGGGCCUCGUUGAUGAGGCUAAGGAGGUUGUGGAAACUUGGAUGGGGAGGUGGAUUCAUAUCUAAGGGGACUCUAUGUGGGGAUAAAACGGGGUAUUCCUCAUGAAAUUAUUAUAUGUAUAUAAACGAUAAUGACAUAAUGAUAUUAUGAAGCAUUCUGACUAGUAUUGCUCAGGACUGAAAGUGAUAUGCAUGCUGGAAGGGCAGCUGGUCUAACAGUACUUUCACGUGAUCAACAGACCUUCCCGCACGGGUUCCAGAUAUCAGACACUUGUGCUCAUAUGCAUGCAUAUACGAAUGAAACAUGCACUAAAUUGCGUUUCUUUCUU